UUCAGGGUGAGAUAAGAUAUUUUUUGGGUGUAGAACUUGCAAAUGGAAAUUGGGGUGGGUAUCUUCCUCAAACAAAACAUGAAAUAGGAUAACAAAAUCCUCCAAAAAUCAGUGAUCACCAUGCCCUUAACCAUCAAUCUCACUUGGGUUUCCUCCACAAUCCCCAUCUCUCUCCUCCCAAGAGAACUCAUCACAGCAUCAAAAACCUGCUCUACAAUCUUUCAUAGAGCUUCUUCUUCACCUUCAACAUCUCGUCCCCUCAUAAUCAAAUGCACGAGAAGCACCUCUGGAGAGAGCGGUAGCUUGAAGGACGCACUGAGUGGCAUUGUGGGAGAGCAAGUAGAGGAGCUCUUGAAAAAAGAAGAGAACAGGGAUUUGCUUGACGGGUUGGAAAAGGCGUCUCAAAGGGUAGAGAUGGCUAAGAGAGAGCUGGCUGAGAUUGAGAAACAAGAACUUGAGGCUAAGCUUGUGAGAGAUUAUAUUAACCAACUUGAAAGCAGGGCUUCUGAGAUUGCAGAAUGUCAAAAGGAGAUAUUAGAAGCAAAAGCCAUGGUUGAAGAAGCUGAGCGUGCCCUCUCACAAGAUGGGGAUCAACUUGGAGAUGGAUAUGGAUUUUCGGAGUCUGGAAAUGGGGAAAUUGACAAGGAUAAAGAGAGAUGGCAAUCCAUAAAAGCAGCUUCUAUUUCUGCCCUUGUCGGCACUGUUGCUGGAUUGCCCUUCUCCUUCACUCAGGUGUCCCGCGGUUCAGAGCUGAUACUCCCUCUGGCAGUCACAUUUGUUAGCUGUGCACUAUUUGGAGUUACCUUUCGAUAUGCAGUUCGAAGAGACUUGGAUGAUGUUCAUCUUAAGACAGGAGCACCUGCAGCUUUCGGCGUUGUCAAAGGUCUUGCUACACUGGAUGGUGGACAACCUCUUGAGCUAAAUGCUGGUAGCUUCUUAUCACAUGCUUUUGAUGGUGCACUGUAUUUAUCUCAGAGUCUUUUUGUUUUUCUUUCUGCUGCGAUUGCCCUGGAUUAUUGUUUUAAGGCAAGGCUCUUGAGUCCUUUUCCUAUCAAGAGUCCUGUAUCAGGAUCGAAUUCUAGAUGAUGUUCUAGUUAAGCAAAGGUGUUCAUACUUGGGAGAAAUGCAAUUACUUUGUAUCAGAA